AUGAAAAGUUUCAUUGUAUUUGCUGUUUUUGUAGCAAUAUCUGUAGCUCUGCCUUUUGAAGUUUUUGAAGAUGAAACUGGGCAAGAAUUCGUUUUAGUUCCAGUCCAAAGGCAAAGAAGGGAUGUGACAUGGUUAGUCGACGAGGAUAAAUACGGUUUAGGACAAAAAGGAAAAUUUUUCAGUAACAACAAUCACCAAUUUGAUGGUUCCUACGGUGCAUCAAAAGCAUGGGGAUCGCACGGGCUUAAACCUGACACAUUCGGUGGACGUUUGGACUACAUCAACAAACCAUCUGGUUCUACAGGUUUCGUGGGCGUAGACAGAACACCAGGAUAUGGGACUGAUGUCACUGCUGGAGCUAAAUAUAAUAUUGCUCAAGGGAAAAAUUGGGGAGCUGAUGUUACUGGACAGUAUGGAAGGCAUUUUGGAGGACCCGGUGGUACUGGAAAGCCUGAAGCGGGAGUUUCCUUAAACGUGGAAGGAAAAUUCUAA